GUGCCCGGCUGCUCAAACCUCUAGGGGAGCGUACAGACAGGCAGGCUGUGGGCCUGCAACCCCACGGCAGCAUGUAGGGGUAGAUGUUUACAGCUCCUGAAACUCCAGUGGGCGUGUGUUACAGGUUGCUCUUUCAGUUUUGCUGUCUAUAGGCGGCUUGUGUUAACCAGCUCAAUUAGACCCUCUACCUUGUCACAAGGACAGAGGGCUUUCUGUAUCCUGGGUCCUUGCUCGGUGUACCGGAAGAAUUGGAUCACACCUGGGCUUAGAGAACGAGUGCAAGGUUUUAUUGAGUGGCGAUAGCUCUUGGCAGAUGUUGGAAGCCAGAAGAGAGUGCAGCAGGAAGGUUUUCCCCUGCAGUCGGGCCACUAAGCAGCCCGGGACCCCCUUCGACGGUCCCAGCCAAACUCCGCGUCGUUCUGCUGGUCAGUGGCCUGCUGGCGUGCCAGUGCCUGCUUAUGUGCUCCUCUGGACGUCCAGCCGCCUGUGUGUUCCUCCACUGAUGUGAUCCUCUCCACGUCCGGCUACCUGUGUGUCUGCCUGCUAAGGUGUGAAAGUCUAAGGAUGCCUGACUCUCUGGAGCUGCCUGCCUGUGUUUGAAUCCUGAAGAUAGUGAUGUGUGACUUAAUACGUGCUAACAACUCGGAACAGUCAGCACCUCAUCUAUGGACACUUUACCAAAGCGAGUGAAAAUUGUGGAAGUUGGUCCCCGAGAUGGUCUACAAAAUGAAAAGAAUAUCGUAUCUACUCCAGUGAAAAUCAAGCUGAUAGACAUGCUUUCUGAAGCAGGACUCUCUGUUAUAGAAGCCACCAGCUUUGUGUCUCCUAAGUGGGUUCCCCAGAUGGCUGACCAUGCUGAAGUCUUGAAGGGCAUUCAGAAGUUUCCUGGCGUCACCUACCCAGUCCUGACCCCCAAUUUGAAAGGCUUCGAGGCAGCGGUUGCUGCUGGAGCCAAGGAAGUAAGCAUCUUUGGAGCUGCCUCAGAGCUUUUCACCAAGAAGAACAUCAAUUGUUCCAUGGAGGAGAGUUUUCAGAGGUUUGACGCAAUCUUGAAGGCAGCACAGUCAGCCAAUAUUUCUGUGCGGGGGUACGUCUCCUGUGUGCUUGGCUGCCCUUAUGAAGGGAAGAUCUCCCCAGCUAAAGUAGCUGAGGUCACCAAGAAGUUAUACUCAAUGGGCUGCUACGAGAUCUCCCUGGGGGACACUAUUGGUGUGGGCACCCCAGGGAUCAUGAAAGACAUGCUGUCUGCUGUCAUGCAGGAAGUGCCUCCCGCUGCCCUGGCUGUCCACUGCCAUGACACCUAUGGCCAAGCCCUGGCCAACACCCUGAUGGCCCUGCAGAUGGGAGUGAGUGUCGUGGACUCUUCUGUGGCAGGACUUGGAGGCUGUCCCUAUGCACAGGGGGCAUCAGGAAACUUGGCCACGGAGGACCUGGUCUACAUGCUAGAGGGCUUGGGCAUUCACACGGGUGUGAAUCUCCAGAAGCUUCUGGAAGCUGGGAACUUUAUCUGUCAAGCCCUGAACAGAAAAACUAGCUCCAAAGUGGCUCAGGCUACCUGUAAACUCUGAGCCCCUUGCCCACCUGAAGCCCUGGGGAUGGUAUGGAAAUAGGUGCACACACAGAUGAUUCAUGGAUGGGAACACGGAAAUGAGAAUGAGGUUAAAUGGUGCGGGUACCUCAUAGCCAGCUCUACACAGAGGUCUCUCCUGGCAGAAAGCAGGCGAGGGGCAGGAGGAGCUGCUUGGCAGCAGGACCUCCUGCCCAGACCUGAGUAGGAGCAAGAGGCUUUGAGGGCUGAAGUCUCCCUUCAUUAUGGACCCUGGCCCAGGAGUUGAAUCCCUGAGGACAUGUGGGAACCCCAUUCCCUACUUGGCAUGAUCCUUGAGUCUCCUCUCUGUAUGGAAUCUGCGAGCUGGCCACCUGGCUGCCCUCUACACAGCUCCAGCCUGCCAUGGCCUUGGGGCCCUUGCUGUCCGACUUCUCAGGACACAGGUCAUGGGGCUUCUUCCCAAGCUGGCAGAGACCAUUUGUGGAAAGUGGAGAGCUUCGUGCUGGCCAUCUGCCAACUCCAGCAUCUCUGGAAAAUCUCCACGCUGAAUGUGAUUUUUGAAAACAGCUUAUGUAAUUAAAGGUUGAAUGGCACAGAAUCAUUCCGGCA